GUAGUUCCGGCAGAUACCAAUCAAGCCACUCGGGCCUAGGCGAAACCGGGACAGAACAACCUAAGGUGGCGUGGACGGUGUGGGUAAGUGCCCCUGAUGUAGGUAUUUCCCGUGUGGGCGCCUGGUAGGUAAACUUGAAGUAGGUAUUCCCCGUAGUAGGGAAUGGCCGCAGUAGGGAUUACCCAGUCCUAGUAUGGCAUCAUGUAGGUAUUUCCCAGUAUAAGAAAGGUUACUUCGUCAUAAACCAAGCCAUCCAACCUUUUCAACCAUCUGAGGGAGUUUCUAUUUUGUUCCCUACUGUCUUUUACCUACAAGAUGGACGUUUUUCUCGACGUCUUGGACACAUUUGUCUUCGACCGAUUAUACGCGUCGAUAUUGCCGGCGCCAAAUGGAGUCGGGGUCGUAGGAUCGCAAUCGCAGAAGACAUACAACCGACAUAUCGGUGUUUACAUCCCUCUGGAACCGUCCGAAUAUGUGGAGGCGAGCAUAUGGAAGCGAGACGACAUUGUACGACAGGCGAUGUCUCUAUUCCUGGUGGCCUGGGUCUUCGGUUUGGCCAUGUACCUUAUCGGCAGCUUCAUAGUCUACCAUACAAUGUGGGACAAGCGGCUCCUGCGGCAUCCUCAUUUCCUCAAAAACCAAAUGCGCCUCGAGAUUAAGCAAGGCGUGAGCGCGAUUCCUGUGAUAGCUAUCCUGACUGCACCUUUCUUCGUCGCAGAGGUGCGUGGCUGGUCUAAGCUGUACGACUUUUCGAGUGAAGCUCCAUUCCCUGGGUAUACGUGGUUGCAAUAUCCGCUAUUUGUGUGUUUCACGGACUGCGGGAUCUAUUGGAUCCAUCGAUGGCUGCAUAUCCCAUCCGUAUACCGCCACCUGCACAAGCCGCACCACAAAUGGGUCGUGCCGACGCCGUUCGCCAGUUACGCUUUCCACCCGGUAGAUGGCUGGUCGCAAAGUCUUCCAUACCAUAUCUUCCCGUUUUUGUUUCCGCUGCAGAAAAGUGCCUACUUAGGGCUUUUUACAUUCGUGACCUUGUGGACAGUGUUGAUACAUGACGCCGAGUACAUAUCUCAUUCUGUGGUUGUCAACGGGUCAGCAUGUCACACAAUGCAUCAUUUAUACUUCAACUACAAUUAUGGCCAAUUUAUGACUCUCUGGGAUAGGUUAGGAGGGACAUACCGCACGCCGAAGGAAGACAGCUUCCUGCAAAAGGAGAAUCUUCGAGCCCGGAGCACCAAGAAAGACGAGUAAGAGACGGGUAUUGGGUU